AUGGUCCAUUGUCCCAUCUGCGCAAACGCCGUCAAAGACGCCCGCAUCAACGAACACAUCGACAGCGGCUGCAGCGACUUUGUUGUCGCCGUCGACGCCGAGCCGCAGGCCCCGCCGAGCCUGGGAAAGGCCCACAGCUUCUUCACGCCCGGCGCACGCAAACCACCGCCAUGUCCUCCGCGACCAGCUCCAGCUCCAGCUCCAGCCGCGCCCCAGCUCUUACAGCGGCCUGCAACGCCCCCGUCGCUGCGCUCAAAGCGGUCGUGGGAAGACACGCGCGAUAGACAACCGAAUGGCGACGCUCAAUUGCAGUCGCAGUCGCAGUCGCAGUCGCAAUCGCCCUCUGCCCCCAAGCGGGCGCGCAAGCUCAAGGCCCUCCAAGAUGCCAUGCCACUGGCCGAACGCAUGCGGCCCUUGACGCUCGACGACGUCUACGGACAGGAGCUCGUUGCCCCCGGAGGCAUCCUGCGAGCCAUGGUUGACGAAGGCCGGCUGCCGUCCAUGGUGCUGUGGGGGCGCCCGGGAACAGGCAAAACCACCAUUGCACGAUUGAUAGCAAACACGUCGGGCGCCCGCUUCGUCGAGAUCAACAGCACCAGCACCAAGCUCGACCAAGUGCGCUCCAUCUUCGCCGAAGCCUUCAACGACCUGCAGUUGACGGGCCGCAAGACCAUUGUCUUCUGCGACGAGCUGCACCGCUUCUCCAAGACGCAGCAAGAUGCCUUCCUUGGUCCCGUCGAGUCCGGAACCAUCACGCUCAUUGCCGCCACGACCGAGAACCCGUCGUUCAAGAUCAUCUCGGCUUUGCUCUCGAGAUGCCGCACCUUUACCCUCGACGACCUCGGCCACAACGACCUGGUCCGUAUCCUAGAGCGCGCAAUGGCGGCAGAAGAGUGCACUUCGCCGUUGCUCGACAAGCCAAUGCUCGAGUACUUUGCCCGUUUCUCCGACGGCGACGCCCGAACCGCCCUCAAUCUCCUCGACCUCGCCAUGAACCUGGCCAAACAGCCAGACGUGACCAAGGAAAAAAUACAGCAGAGCCUCACAAAGACACUGGUAUACGACCGUGCCGGUGAUCAGCACUACGACACCAUAUCUGCCCUCCACAAGUCGAUACGGGGCUCCGACCCAGACGCCGCCCUGUACUACCUCACACGCAUGCUAGAAUCUGGCGAAGACCCACGCUACAUUGCCCGUCGCCUGAUUGUCGUCGCCUCGGAAGACAUCGGGCUAGCAGACAACACCAUGCUCUCUCUCGCUAUCGCCACAUACUCGGCCUGCGAGAAGAUUGGCAUGCCCGAAUGCCGCAUCAACCUCGCCCAUGCCGUGACCGCCAUGUCACUCUCGCCCAAAUCCACCCGUGCAUACCGCGCCAUGCACACCGCCAUAGAUGCGCUGAAGGAGCCUGGUGUCGCCGCACUACCAAUACCUCACCAUCUACGCAAUGCCCCGACCAAGCUGAUGAAGGACAUGGGCUACGGAGAGGGAUACAAGUACAACCCACACUAUCACGAUGGCAAGGUCAAGCAGGAAUACCUGCCCGAGGCCCUCAGAGGCCGCUCCUUCCUGGAAGACACCGAUUUGGGGACCAAGGUGGAUCCCGACUUGAUCGACGACGAUGAAUUGAUGCCCGUGCGACACUGUAUAUUUUCGUGGCCAUCAGCAUCGACACGCAGCACUUGA